AUGCCUGUACUAUCUCUACCCCGAUGGACGACGAAGCUUGGAUAUCGAGCUAGACCUGUAUCCAUCAGCCUCGACAAGCGCCGCCGCUCAAUCGUACGGUUUGCGCGCUGGUAUCCGAUUGGUCGAAACGAGUGCAUGCAGACCGACUCACGACGCUCAUCCCUGAGGAGUGCUCCCCAAAGCCGCCGACAGUCGCUGUAUUACACGCGGGAUGAAGGACAACCAUAUACAACCGUGCUGCCUGCAAUGAACUCCGAGGAGGAUGUGUUACAGCAGGACUACAUGCGCAGCCGAGAUUCACGAGCCUUUCCGAGCACGGACGACAUCGUUCACUGGCAGGAAGAGCGCCAAAAGGGCACGGUAACCCGGACGAUUGGGAACUGGGCACGCCAUCUCCGGAGGCAAUUCACGAGGCUAAAGCGAAAGAUCGCAGGAAAGCGCCAAUAG